GAGCUCUCGACUACCUGCUGAAGAUCAUUUUCCUCAAUUUGCGGCUGCUGAGAGGUUGUAAGGAAGAGAAGCUCUACAUUUAAAAUACUUCGAAAGCUGAAGGAUUUUGUGUGGAUUUUAUCGUGUCGAAUGGCUUGUGUAAGGAUUGUGGGAUUAGGAGUGAUCGUUUUUCUUUUUCAGGUAUUUUCGUGUGGAUAUACGGAGGAGUCGACAUGUACACCUGGGUUUGAGUCGGAGUUAGUCGUUUUUAAAGUGCACAGAGAUCACCUUCACAGGGGAAAGAGACUAGGAAGAGUAACUUUCAGUAAUUGUGAUGGAAGAACAAGAACGCUCUUUCACUCCGUUGACAAGCGGUUUGAUGUGGACACAGAUGGGACUGUAACGCUGAAGAGACAAGUCACUCUUCAUGAAGGUCACAAGGUGUUUUCUGUGCACGCUUGGGACUCCAGUGGCAAGAAGCACACGGUGUCUGUCAGAGUUGAGCGUGUCCACCAUCAUGUGGACCAUCAUAAGGACCAUCAUGUGGAUGUGGACAUGAACCACUCCUCUUCACAGAUGGAAUCUCCCUCUGACGAUCUGGUUCUGAUGUUUCCAAAGUCUUCGACGGGUCUAAAGAGAGCAAAGAGAGGUUGGGUUAUUCCUCCGUUCAAUGUACCUGAGAAUAGCAGAGGUCCUUUCCCAAUAAAGCUGGUCCAGAUAAAGUCAGACAUGUCUAGUGAAGCUCAGAUGCAAUACAAGAUCACAGGUGAAGGAGCAGAUCUGGACCCUAAGGGGACUUUCACUAUAGAAAGAUUAUCAGGGAAUCUGUUUGUGACUCGACCACUCGACAGAGAAAAAAAAGCUUCAUACAGACUUGUAGCUCAUGCUACUGGAGUUGAUGUGAAUAUAGCAGAAAAGCCAAUGGAAAUUAUUGUAAAUGUGCUGGACCAAAAUGAUAAUUAUCCUGUUUUUACUCAAAAUCCAUUCAAUGGAAAUGUUCCUGAAGCUUCUGAUAGAGGUGAUGAGUUUAUGACAGUCACAGCCACUGAUGCAGAUGAUCCAAAUACUGACAAUGGUGUGAUCAGUUACUCAAUUGUCAAGCAAGAUCCAGAAUUGCCAAAACCAAACAUGUUUGAAAUCAACUCUGUUACUGGAGGAAUUCGUGUGAAUUCUGUAGGCUUGGACAAAGAGAAAUGGUCCAAAUACACUUUGACAGUUGUGGCUACUGACAUGGAAGGAAGAGGUUAUUCAACCACUGGCACAGCUGUUAUUACUGUGACUGACAGCAAUGAUAACGCACCUCAGUUUGAGCAAACCUCGCACACUGUAUCUGUCCCAGAGAAUAAAGUAGGAGCUGUAGUGGCCAAACUUACAGUUACUGAUGAAGAUGAAGAGGGAUCUCCUGCCUGGUCAACCAAAUAUCGGAUUAUUAGCGGUGACAAGGGUGGGUUUUUCAAUGUCAGUACUGGACCCAGCCGGCUAGAGGGCAUCAUCACCACUGCAAAGCCUCUGGACUUUGAAAAGAACAAGCAAUACAUUCUGUCUGUGAUUGUUGAGAACGAUGAGCCAUUCGUCGGUGCUUUGGCCACUUCCACUGCCACAGUCACAGUGAAUGUAGAAGAUGUGAAUGAGCCUCCAGAGUUUAAUCCAAAGGAGAAGAUUAUUUACAAACCUGAAGAUUCACCGAUUGAUUCUGAAUUGGUUUCUUAUACAGCCACUGAUCCAGACAUUGGAAAACCACAGAAAAUAACGUAUAAAAUUGGCAAUGAUCCUGAAGGCUGGCUGAGUGUAAAUCAAGACACUGGAUUGAUUAAAGUCAGGAAACUUAUGGAUAGAGAAUCUUCCCAUGUGAAAGAUGGCAAAUACAGAGCUAUCAUUUUGGCUGUGGAUGAUGGUGAUGCUCCAGCGACAGGCACUGGAACCCUGAUAAUUGAGUUGUCGGAUGUAAAUGACAACGCUCCUGUCAUUAAUGAAAGGAUUAUAAAGAUUUGCAAUCGUGGUUCAACCCCAGUGCUUCUCUCUAUAACGGACAAAGAUGGACCUCCUUAUGCUGGUCCCUUUACUGUUGAGACCCAAGGAGAAACCAGUAAAAAUUGGUCCGCCACGAUGAAUGAAACAUCAACCGGUGUCGUUCUGAAACCGAAGUUUCCAUUGGAGCAGGGUGACUACAAUGUUGUCCUGAGAGUUUUUGAUAACCACAGACUGUCUCAGGAUAGCACCAUUCAAGCAACUGUGUGUGACUGUGAAGGAGAUGAUGUCCAGUGUAUUAAUAAACAGUUAGCAGGAAUACCACUAUCUGGAGUUCUUGGAAUCUUGGGAGCAAUCUUGCUUCUGCUAUUGCUCGCCCUUCUUCUGCUCUUGUUCCUGAGGAGGAAACGUAGCACCAAAAAAGAACCUCUCCUUCCUGAAGAUGAUGUAAGGGACAACAUCUACUAUUAUGAUGAGGAAGGCGGUGGAGAAGAUGAUCAGGACUAUGAUCUGAGUGUGUUGCAUCGAGGCUUAGACAACAGACCUGAAGUGUUCAGAAACGAUGUGGUGCCCACUUUCACGACAGCACCUCAGUAUAGACCUCGACCAGCCAACCCUGAGGAGAUUGGCACAUUCAUUGAUGAUAAUUUGAAUGCUGCAGAUAACGACCCCACAGCGCCCCCCUACGACUCCCUCCUGGUGUUCGACUAUGAAGGAGGCGGCUCAGAUGCCGGUUCGCUCAGCUCCAUCAACUCUUCUAGCUCAGGACAUGACCAAGACUACGACUUCCUCAAUGACUGGGGCCCACGCUUCAAGAAGCUGGCAGACAUGUUUGGAGGAGAAGAGGAUUAAGACUUUUUGGGUUUUGUUCAUUUCUCUCUCUUUAUCUGUGCAAGAGGCACAUUGCAAAAUAGAAAAAGUGCAAAAUAUGAGAAUUUUAUACUUCACUUGGUCUGGUGAUUUAAUGUUUAAAGUUGGAACUGGACAAAUAGCACUGUUCACCUGUCAACAUAAAGGAAAGAUUCUUUAACUUGAAGUGUUUUCUUUUUGUGGGAGCAGUCUAGGCAGGAACUUGGCUUUUUUCCUCUAAAUGAAGCUCCCAAAAGACAAUCUGUUGUGAUUGCUCUGUGGAAAAGCAGCUGAAAUGCAGCUUAAGAUGCUUGUCCCCAACUUAAAGUUGUUUGCCCAGUAUAUUUUAUGUAAUGAUUUUGCAAAUCCCACAUUCUUCAAUGCGUUUUUUUUUUUUUUUUUUUAAUUGUUUCUUUGGCAUUAAAGAUUUAUCUAAAGCAUGAAUUAUACUGUAAGGUGGGUGUUUUUUUUUUGUUUUUUUUUUGUUUGUUUUUUUGAAAAGCACUGAUUUUUCAAACUUUUUGUAUGAUAUUUGCAGGUGUCUAUCCUUUCCCCUCAGCUGCAAGUUUGUAUGUUAUUUCUUUUAUAUAGUUAUAUGGUUGUUUCGGCAUUAAAUUUUUACAUUGCAUUUGCCUAUUUUAUUAAACAAAUUACUUUUACUGUU